UCUGUUGAAGCUAGAACAUUUGUAGAAGACGACAAAUUAAACAAAAUUCAAGCAGACAGUAGUUAAAUGUUCGAUAAAAAAUGAAAAUAUGCGUUAAAAAUAUUUACUGACAAAGUACCGAACACUAACUUAACCGCUACGAAACCCAGCACUUUUAUCCAUGGUGACAGAUAGUUUCCUCUCGGUUCAUGUUUGCUUUAACCACUUAUGAUAUUUCAGGCACCAUUUGAAGCUGCCAUGUUGUGUGACGUUUACCGAGAAAACGAAACUUACUGCGGGUGAGGCUAAACCGAAAUUGAGUCCAGACAUAAAGAAGACGUGGAAGCAGAGUUAAGAUGAAAACGGAAAAGAUAUAGUUUGCAUUCAGUUAUUUGCACUUUGUAAUGUAAGUUGACGUUGCGGCUGUUGUGUCGUUUGUAAUGGACGUAGCUAAACUGAACGAGUAUACACAGAAAGAGCGCUUGGCGCUGAAGUAUGAGGACGUUGGAUGUGUUGGCCCUGAUCACAUUAAAACAUUUACUGUGAGAGCAGUCGUGAAUGGUAAGGCGUAUCCUGAUGGUGUGGGGAAGAACAAGAAGGAAGCCAAACAGAACGCAGCUAAAAAUGCCCUGAGAAGCUUGCUUGGGGAACCAGACGACUCUGUGUGUAAAAGUCCAGAGCCUGGAGAGGAGAAACACAGCGGCGUAUCAAGCAAACAAGAGGAGGAGUUGAGUCAAAACGUGUCAGACAUCUGUGAUAAGACAAAGAGCUUGAGUGUGAUAACUUCAGAUGAAGGUUUUGCAGAAACAAAUUUUAUAGGACUUAUCAACAGCCACUGUCAGAGAAACAAUCUCCCUCAUGACUACAUUUUAGAGAAAAGAUGUGGUCCACCUCAUAACCCUCAGUUUUUCUACAAAUUAGUGAUCAACAAUAAGGACUACCCUGUGGGUGAGGGCAAGAAUGUCAAGGAAGCCAAACAAAAUGCGGCUCAGUUGGCCUUGUGUGCUCUUCAACAACAGAAAGACUGGGACAGCAAGGGAUCUUCUUGCCCAGCUGAUGACAGUGCACCAGCAAGGCUGUCCAUGCCACCAAACACACCGGGAUCUCAUAAUGCAAAAUCAAAAAGGGUGCCAGCGACCACAAGUGACUCAGUUGUUCCCACAAGUUCAUCAAAUCCUCCCAAGGAUCAGAUUCAGAGUCCUGAUGUGAAGCCCAGAAGAAGAAUUGCAGCAAAUUUCCAAAAUGCCCACAAAAAGAGUAAAGAGAAUAUUGCUGAUUUCAAUGGCAAGAAAACAGGAAAUAGUCCGAGUAAGAAAACAACAACCCAGACAGUAAGCUCAAGGUUUACAGCAGAGUUUGACUCCAUAGUGUGCCUCGGCAAAGGAGCCUUUGGUCGAGUUUACAAGGCAAAACAAAAACUGCUGAAGAAGGAUUACGCUAUAAAGAUUGUCCGAUGCAAAGAGAUCAAAAAAGCUCUACGAGAGGCAAUGGCAUUAUCAGACCUCCAUCACCGUAACAUUGUUCGAUACUACACAUGUUGGUUGGAGGAUUCAGAAUACCAAUGGGACACUGCAGACGACAGUGGCAGCACUUCACAGUCGACUGGUAACACACCGGUAAAUUACCUCUAUAUUCAGAUGGAGUUGUGCGACACCAAAACACUCAGAGUAUGGAUAGACGAGAAGAAUAUUCUGAAUGUGAAGAAAUCUCUGCGAGACUCCAAGAGAAGAGAUGAAAGUCUAAGCAUUAUUCAGGAAAUAGUCAGUGCAGUGGAGUACUUUCACUCCAAGAUGCUCAUCCACAGAGACCUGAAGCCUGCCAACAUCAUGUUUGGGCAAGAAGGAGAAGUGAAGAUCGGAGACUUUGGUCUGGUCACCGAUGAGAAUGAUGGUGAUGCUGAGAACGUGAUUGAGAGAACCGUGUACAAAGGAACUCCAUCUUACAUGGCUCCUGAGCAAAAAAGCAAAAACACCUACGACCGAAAAGUGGACAUAUUUGCUCUGGGGUUGAUAUAUUUUGAACUCCUUUGGAACACUGGCCUUGAAAGGAAAGCGGUUUGGGAUGAUGCCAGAAACCAGAAAUUUCCUCAAGUAUUUCUACAAUAUUUUUCCCUGGAGAGCCAAAUCAUAAAGUCAAUGCUGUGUGCGAAGCCAGAUGACCGCCCUGAAGCAAGUAAAGUAAAGACGGACUUGGAAGAGUGCGCUAGUACACUAACAAAGCUUAAAGAUAUGCGUCGCGACAAUAGGACUUUCACUUUGUACCCACAGUUUUAUGUAAUUUGGACUCAAAAGCUGACUGCUGAGUCAUUGAAGAUGGAAACAGGAAACUGUGUUGCCAGACUAAACGAAUACGUGCAGAAGACACGGUCUCAGCUGCACUAUGAGGACCUUGGCUCUGUCGGACCUGCACACAGUAAAGUAUUCACCCAGAGGGUAGUCCUAAAUGGGAAGGUCUAUCCCAAUGGUGUGGGGAUGACCAAGAAGGAAGCCAAGCAUAAUGCUGCUAAGAAUGCCCUGAGCAGCAUGUUUAAGAGCGCACAUCAGGACUCAGUUGACACAACUGCAGAUGAGAACAGCCAUUCGUCAGGUCGACAAAAGGAGGAACUUAAUCAAAAUGUCUCUGAUCUUUGUGAUGAGACAAGAAGCCUCAGUUUGAACUCCAAGGACAACAUCCUCACAGAAACAAAUUUCAUUGGAUUAGUUAACCACUACUGUCAGAAGACAAACCGUGGCCAUGCAUUCAUUGAAGAGAGGAUAUGUGGUCCACCUCAUAAGCGUCAGUUUUUCUACAAAUUAAUAAUUGAUGGCAAUGAAUACCCUGUCGGCGAGGGUAUGUCUGUCAAGGCAGCCAAACAAGAUGCAGCUCGGCUGGCCUGGUCUGCUCUUCAGGACCAGACCGACUGGGACAGCAAGGUGUCCAUCAGAUCAACAGCCUCCGAAGGUGGUGCCACAUCUAUGUUGUCAGCACGAUCAGCUUCACUGGACUCCUACGAGUCGUCAUCUCUAAACACCUCAAGGAGCACAAGUCAUUCAAUAAUAUUCACAGAUUCAUCAAACCCCUCCAAGGAUCAGAUGGGCUUACGGUCAACUGUGUCUGAAAAUGAUGCACCAGCCAGGUUGUCAACACCAACUUCACUGGAGUCUCUUGCAUCAUCACAGAGCAUGUCAACGGGUACAAGUAGCUCAGGAAUACAGACGGACUCAUCGAACUCUUCUAAGGAUCAGCAUGCUGUCAAAGACAGGAAUAUGGGAAAUAGUCAGAAGGACGCAUCCACCCAGUCAAGGUUUACUGCAGACUUCGAUAUCAUAAAACCUAUUGGCAGUGGAGGAUUUGGUUCUGUUUUCAAAGCAAGACAUAAACUGUUGAACAAGUUUUAUGCUGUGAAGAUUGUCCGCUGUGAAGAGAAAGCGUUUCGAGAAGUGGGGACAUUGUCUGACCUUCUCCACCGUAAUAUCGUCAGAUACUACACAUUUUGGAAGGAGGAUUCAGAGUACCAAUUGGACAUUUCAGGUGGUAGUUCAACUGGCAGUUACAGCUCUUCCCAAUCUACAGAAAAUUCAUCAGCAAAGUACCUCUAUAUUCAGAUGGAGUUAUGUGACACCAAAACACUGAGAGAGUGGAUUAAGGAGAAGAACUCUCAGCCUCUGCAAGACUCCAAGAGAAGAGAAGAAAGUCUAAGAAUUGCUCAGCAAAUAGUCAGUGGAGUUGAAUAUAUUCACUCCAAGAGGCACAUCCACAGAGACCUUAAGCCUGCGAACAUCCUGUUUGGACUCGAUGGAGAAGUGAAGAUAGGGGAUUUUGGUCUGGUCACCAAAGAUGAUGAUGACGAUGCUGUGGUGGACAGGACAGUAGACAAGGGAACCCCAUCUUACAUGGCUCCGGAACAAAUGGAGAAGGCCUAUGACCGAAAAGUGGACAUAUUUGCUUUGGGGCUGAUAUACCUGGAACUCCUUUGGAAAGUCUCUUCUGGCCACGAAAGAGGAGAUAUUUUGAGGAAUGCUAAACGUCAGAUGCUUCCCAAAGAGUUUUCACUGGCUUUUCCCCAAGAGAACCAACUUAUCAAGUCAAUGCUGUGUGAGAAGCCAAAAGACCGACCUGAAGCAAGUAAACUCCAGGCAGAACUGGAGAAGUGGGCGCAGAUAUUCAACUCACAAAAUGUGCGUCGGGAAAAUGCAACAUACUGAUUAUCACAAGGAUUUGUGACAAGUCUUGGGAGCGCAUGAAAAUAUGUCUGUGGUGAUAUACUAUUAAUUGUUACUGUAACUGUUAAUGUUGACAUCAAGGUUGAAAGUCCUAAACAAAAUGGUAGCGUGUUGUCACAUAAUAUGCUACUUUUUACUCUGCUAUUUAGUUAAAUGAAUACAUUCAGAAUACUGAUUUGAAACAGAUGCAUUUUUUCCCCAUGAUAUGUCAGAACGCCUUGAUUGACCAAUCAGGAGUCGAUCAUGUUAUUCCACACAGUAGGGAACGCUUGCAGUGUAAACACUUCAGAGGAGAACAGCAGUGGCGAUGUUCCUUCAAGCUCAGCAGCCCGACCAAGGGUCAGACAGAAAGAAAAAAAUGUUUGUCAACAGCUGGAGUACAAACAAACAAAGAGCAGGGGGUAGUGUUCUGUGGCGUCUGCGAGGGGCAACCCAACUUAUCGAGACAUAUAGCUGCAGCCAUGCUCUGUUUGGAGCCUGCACGACACGCCUGAAAACACUGCUCCAGUACAAAACAAAUAAACCAACGCAACGGUUUUUUGAACCCUGCUACAAGGCGACGUUGUAAUAAAUGAAUACAAGGCCAAACGUAGACAGAAUUUGCUUUAUAAUUCAUCAUAAAUGAAGAUUCGACCACCUCUCUUUAACACAUCUUAGCUCGAUGCUAACUUAGCUUUUUCUUCAGGGCCUCUGCUCCCUCACGAAGGGGUUAAGGGUGCUGAUAGUGAACUGAAGUGUAGGGUCAACGUCCAACACCAGUCACGUAGCUGGAGAGCUGAGUGGCACCACUCUGUCGGCAGUUGAGAGGCACCUCCUUCGACUCGCUGUAAACUAGGAGAGAAGUGUGCAUGGUGCGUUCUUAAGAAUAAUAAAACAGAGGAGUUAUUUUCAUCAUCUCAGCCGAUGGUUAGAAAUGACUACAAAGUAAUUAUUAGUGAAGAGUAUUUUCGUCCAGUUUUAUUUCAAAAAGGGUGAAAUCAUAACCUCCUUGGUGGAAGUAGAUACAUGAAAAACAAAAAAGGAGAACGUCAUUUUUUUACCACAGAUGUAUUAAGAGACCAGGACACAGCGUUGGAGCCCGUGUCCCGUUUAUUUCUUUGAGAGUUACUCUGUGUAAAACUACCCAGAUGAUCCAAUGAUUAUCGGCACUGCUUCCGCACCGUGUGGCCCACAGAGCAGGCGCACUAGAGCGCUCCGUGGCUGAGUCGGCUACUUACAAUUUCGCACUCCGUUAACUUGAAUAGAGAUAAUUUAAUGAAUUGCGUGCCUUUUCUAGACUUUGCAAAUGUUAUCCAACUGAAUGGAUUAAAUCAUGAGAAUGAAACGAGUCAUUUUGGGUUGUGACGCUCAGAAUAAUUUCUCCACUGAUUUACAGUCACCUCUUGUAGGUCAAUGGAAAAAAGUCGUUUUGGGCCACACUUGACUGGCUGCUAUGAAAAUUGCCUUCAAAGCCAGGCACUCUUCCUGGAAGUCUGAUUUUUAACUGGACAAGUGACUUUGGUGGCGAGACAAGUACAUUUACUUGUCGAAAGGACGAGUACAUUUGCAAAGAACAAUUCCAAAGAAAAAGUACAUUAGAAAGUUAAUGUCGAGUCCUAAUUGUGUCGUUAUUAAUAUUUGUAGGAAAAUGGUUAACGUCCUGCACUUACAUAGCGCUUUAACUUGAACUCUAACCAUGGUAACUGGUGGCAGUUUGGGGUCCUGGGUUUUGUACAAAGACACUGCCGCAUGCACACAGAGGGUGAAACCAUUAAUCAUGCAAUUAGGCUAAUGAACAACCUGAAAUGAGUUAAUAUGUGUUUUAUAAUCAAGAUAUGAAACAUGAAAUCAAAAAGUAAGGUUUACAUUAAUUCACAUCUUUCUAGCAUUUCUUCUAAAUAAUCAUGAGCUUGUAAUUUCUGUGUCCACAGUUGACAUUUUACUCUAUGCUGGUUAAACAUAUUUAAAGUGGGGUCACAUCACAGCCUUUGAUUUGUACUGAAUAUCUGAAGUUGAAAAACAGGAUUUCCCAAGAUGGGGCCUGUAUUUUGUGUGGUUUAGUUUGUAUUUUGGGUUUUGUGUUGUUGUUUUUUUAAUUUGUUUUUUGCAUACAUUCAUCAAUAAAGGAAUGGGAAAUAAUUAAAAUGUCAA